CGGCGGCGAGCGAGGGAGGGAGCGCUGUCUGGAGGAGCGGCGCCGGCAGUCUGAGCUCCGCGAUCCCAGCCCUGGCGAGGCGGGUGGGGCGGGGCGCGAGCCGCGGGAGCGAGCCUGGUCGCCCGCCGGGCCGCGGAGACUGUCGCCGGGCGCCGAGGUUCCCAGUAAGGCUGCACAGAGGACCCCCUUAACUGUGGCAAUGGAAGGGGGCCCAGCAGUCUGCUGCCAGGACCCUCGGGCAGAGUUGGUGGAACGAGUGGCAGCCAUUGAUGUGGCCCACUUGGAGGAGGCAGGUGGUGGUCCAGAGCCUGCCAGGAAUGGCGUGGACCCUCCGCCAAGGACCAGAGCUGCCUCUGUGAUCCCUGGUGGUGCUUCAAGACCCCCACUAGCCCGGCCCAGCCUUUCAGCCAGGAAGUUCUCCCUGCAAGAGCGGCCAGCAGGAAGCUGCCUGGAGCCCCAGGCUGGGCCUUAUGCCACAGGGCCUGCCAGCCACAUCUCCCCACGGGUCUGGCGGAGGCCCACCAUUGAGUCCCACCAUGUGGCUAUCUCAGAUACAGAGGACUGUGUGCAGCUGAACCAAUACAAGCUACAGAGUGAGAUUGGCAAGGGUGCCUACGGCGUGGUGAGACUGGCCUACAACGAAAGUGAAGACAGGCACUAUGCAAUGAAAGUUCUUUCCAAAAAGAAGUUACUGAAGCAGUAUGGCUUUCCACGUCGCCCUCCCCCAAGGGGGUCCCAAGCUACCCAAGGAGGACCAGCCAAGCAGCUGCUGCCGCUGGAGCGAGUGUACCAGGAGAUUGCCAUCUUGAAGAAGCUGGACCAUGUGAAUGUGGUCAAGCUGAUUGAGGUUUUGGACGACCCAGCUGAGGACAAUCUCUAUUUAGUGUUUGACCUCCUGAGAAAGGGGCCGGUCAUGGAGGUGCCCAGCGACAAGCCCUUCCCCGAAGAGCAAGCUCGCCUCUACUUGCGGGACAUCAUCUUGGGCCUUGAGUACUUGCACUGCCAGAAGAUCAUCCACCGGGACAUCAAGCCGUCCAACCUGCUCCUGGGCGAUGAUGGGCAUGUGAAAAUUGCCGACUUUGGCGUCAGCAACCAGUUUGAGGGGAACGACGCUCAGCUGUCCAGCACUGCUGGGACUCCAGCGUUCAUGGCCCCCGAAGCCAUUUCUGAUUCCGGCCAGAGCUUCAGUGGGAAGGCCUUGGACGUGUGGGCCACUGGGGUCACAUUAUACUGCUUUGUCUAUGGCAAGUGCCCGUUCAUCGAUGAUUACAUCCUGGCCCUGCAUAGGAAGAUCAAGAAUGAGGCCGUGGUGUUUCCCGAGGAGCCAAACAUCAGUGAGGAGCUCAAGGACCUAAUUCUGAAGAUGCUAGACAAGAAUCCUGAAACAAGGAUUGGGGUGCCAGACAUCAAGUUGCACCCCUGGGUGACCAAGAGUGGGGAGGAGCCCCUUCCCUCAGAGGAGGAACACUGCAGUGUGGUGGAGGUGACCGAGGAGGAAGUGAAGAACUCGGUCAAGCUCAUCCCCAGCUGGACCACGGUGAUCCUGGUUAAGUCCAUGCUGAGAAAGCGUUCCUUUGGGAACCCAUUUGAGCCCCAAGCUCGGAGGGAAGAGCGAUCUAUGUCUGCUCCAGGAAACUUACUGUCGAUGCUGCAGGGAGGAGACGUUGUGCACCCCCACCCCCAUCUUCCGCCCCUUCCACCUGCUGUGUGGAAAAGGCGUGCUCCCUAGAGAGGAAAGACAGGUGUGGCGAAGGGGGCAAGAGCCUGGAGCUCCCCGGCGUUCAAGAAGAUGAGGCUGCAUCCUGAGCCCCUGCAUGCGCCCAGGGCCGCCGGCAGCACGCUCAUCCCACGCCUCCAAAGGCCCACUGCCCUCAUGCCGACAGUCGCCCCUGCGGGCAGGGGGCUGAGGACUGUGGCCCCUCUUCCGGCCCUCCUCCUUCUAUCAUGCUGCAUGACCUCAGCGCGCAAGUCCAGGGACAGGACUGGAAUGUUUGUCAUCUGGGGUUUGGGGGGCAGGGCUCCCAUAAGGCCUUUCUCCUUGUCCUGGCUCUCCCUGAUGGGAUCCAUCCUAUGGGAAAGAGAGGUACCCAUGGUGCCUUAGAAACGCCACCUGGCUGCUUGGCAAGGCAGGAGGUAGGAAACCAAGGUAGCAGGUGGAGUCCUGGCUUACCACCAUAGCAGAGACCGCCCACGGGGAGCCAGGCGGGCCUGGCUCACUGCCUCAUGUGCAUGGAGAGCUGUACCUUGCCCACCUCAGAGGGGGUCCUGCCGGAGCUCUUAUCUACUGAGAAUGCUGACAUGGAGGCUCUGAGCCCUCAGUGGGUAUUCCUAGGCCUCAGGGAGGCAGGGGCCAGCAUUGGAGAAUUCAGAUUCCUUUUUUGCUGUCUUUUACUUUUGUUUUUAAUGUCAGGAGCGGAGUGGUGUAAAGGCCUGCUUGGGAACACCUAGAAAGCUCUCCUACAGCUUUGGGUGGUUCCCGGCACACUCCUCAUUAUUUGGCAGCCAGGUGGGAUGGACUGACCUUCCUUGAUUUUGUCACACUCGGUGCCACCGGGAGAAUGGGUUAAAUGAAAGCUUCCGGCAGGGGCCUGAGCCAGGAGCACCCACCUUCCCUGCCCACUUUACUCCCUCCCCGUGUGGCUCCCCUGUAGGAGAGACACCAGGGGCUGGCUGACCAAAGGCCCUGGACUCACAGGGCUGUGGCCUUGCAGAUGCUGAUGUAACUGGAAUCCAAUCUCCGACCCUACACUGGCCUACCCAUCUGGCCCCAGAAGCUGCCCUCACGUUCCUACAAUGAAGGACAAACUGCCCAGGUUGGAGGCAGCACUGGAAGCGGGACCCUGGUGGGGUGUGCAUGCUGGCAAGUGGCCACAGAGAGGUGGGCCUCCUGCCACUGCCUCACCCCAAAGACGGUUGACAUUCGGCCUGCUCAGAGCUGGUGCGCUGGAGCAUGUGUGUGGACCUGGCCAUGCUGGGGCAGACUUUAUCUUCUCCCUGGGAUCUGUGCCUGGUUGGCUUGGCACUUACUGACCAAAUGCUCAAGAGAUUGACCCCAAAGGAAAAUAAAGCAGGACUCAGAUACGUCCCCUGACAA